AACACUGAUAACCUACAUACAGUGUUGACUACUACCACACAGCUAUACAUCAGACUGGGGCCCUAUACCCAAGUCAACAGUGUAAAUAGUCAGUUUCCAGGACUAUAUUCUCCCUUGGGAAUACAUUCCCCUUGGAUAAAGGACCUGAAAGUUCACCUACUUCAGGGAUUGAGGUGUACCAGUGGUACUCAGUGAGAUUGACACUAAUGGAGACUGUUAUUGUUCUACUGAGAUUUCCAGCCAUACUAUAUAUACAUUAGCCUUACACGUGCACCAAAUCCCAUAGGACUAACUGUGAUUUUGGAUAAAGGAACUGAGGUCCCUAGAAAUAUACCAAUUACAAGGCUUAUGUUCUAAUAUAGACAGUUUGGUACGAAGACUAUCAUAAGUCUACAUUGUGUUGUUUUCCUGCUAUAAAGGAUCAUGUACAGGACCAGAUCCUAUGGGAGUCAGUUCUUACAGUGCUAAGUACAAAGUGGAUGUUGUAGUAUUUAGAGAUGAUAGAAGUCAAACACUGAAGUGAUCCUUGGUUCUCUAUCAGAGGUCCAGCAGGUCCAGUGAGGCUUCAUCAAGGUGGGGAACAUAGCACCAGACAAAUGGACAACCCCAGAUCCCUCACCACCUCAGGGACUAGGUUGUGAACCCACGAACAACAGCAGCAGUUGUUGAAUGACCUCUCGUCAGACUCCCAGUGAAAGGGAAGUGUAAUAGGAGAUUUAACAUCAUUUCCAAGACUACAGGCUUUGUACCAGCCCUACCCCAGGGGAUAUGUACUCCACCUGAUCCUAGGAGACAGAAUUAAGUGUAAAAGGAAACCCGAACUUAUCACUUACUUGGGACAUCAACAACAAAUACCCCCACCCCACGGGACAAGUGACUUGUCCAUUCCUGAGGCUUUAUUGUGUUAAGUUGUUGUCAUUUCAGGACCACAGAGGGCUGUCACCUCUGUCGCGUCAGCGGUGACAAUGUUAAUUUAUUCGCCUCUUCGAGCUGUCGAAUUCUAUUGACUGUUGUUAGUGGCUGUGUGUGACGGUGUGAAUGAGGGUGGGGGGAUCAAGGACUGCGUCACACGGGAGGGUAAACAUUUGCAGCAGGCGCUCUCAAUUCACUGUCCACGUAGUACAGCACUACACAGGCUCUGAGUCAAUAAAGUAUAUACCAGUCUUGAGGAGACCAGAACUGGAACCUAAGUCAACACCACUCAUUGAAGGCUGAUUCUAUAUACUAUACAGAACCUGUGUCAACAAAAACCUGCAGGAGAGAGUCUUACUGUUGAAUGUCCCUGGUACAGCCGGCUUCCAUUGUCAACAAACCUCCUGUGUAAUUCAAAAGCAGUGAGAACCUAAUUAUAGUGGAGAUUUAUUUUUACAUGUUUGAUGUCUACACUUCUCUAUCAAGGCGCUCACUCAUUCAGAAGGAAGUGCCAGCAAACCAACACAGAAAAUUAUCGGAGAAUUUUUCAUGGAAACUCCCGAGAGUGGCAACAGACCGUAAUCUGAACAUGCUACUCAAGUGAACACUGAGCUCAGGGAGAGCACAGGGGAAUAAAGGCAAGGAAAUCCAAUAGCUCUCCAAGAAUCAGAUUCCCUAGCAGCCACAGUACAGGACUAGCUUGCCAGUGUAAAGACACAGGUGUUUCUGUGUGACGUGUCAACUCCAAUGAUUUUUUUCCUCAGCCAGCAGGUAAAUCUAUAGAAUACACUGCGUAGCUCAGAAGGUUGUGUUACAAGUUACAGCUACUGUGUUUAUCUGUUUCUCAUAUCCUACUCUCAAGAAAAUCCUAUGAUUGCUUGCCAAGCAUGGAAUAGAUUAUCAAGAAAACUUGGAAUCUGUAUGGUAUAUAUACGGAAAACAUUAAAAGAGAACUUGGGAUUUUUAAUGUGUGGAUUGGAAAUACAUUCUACAUCUGGUGUUGAUACUGAAAUCCAACUCAGCAGCCGAUGUCAAAAUCAAAAGCGAUUCCGCACACUAAAUGUCAAUUCCAUUUGUGAAGGAUGCAUGGAAAUAAAAUACUGAUGGCAUGCAGGUCUCAUUUGAAUUCUUGUUUGGAAGCCAUGGAAACGACAUGUGCAACAACUGUGAGAUUUAUCAUACCAGUGUGUAUAGAUUUAUAGCAGUAGCAAAAUGACAUUUUCUGUGCGAAAAAAAGAAAUGACUUAAUCCUAUAAUCAGUUUACAAAAAGAAAAAACAAUGUAUUUUUCACGAGUGCAUAAACGCAAGACGUUAUUACUUACAAUGACAUUUUUCCUGUUAAGUUUUGUUUUGACAUUAAAUAUCAUGGUCAACCAACUACAGCGAUCUGAUAGUGUUGAUAACAUUGAAAAUGUUGUCCAUUCAGAGCUUCUGAUGGAUUCAGAUAUAGAAUUAGGCGGAAAUCAUAUCAUUGCAAGAAGUCAGCGUCAACCAAAAGCCGCAAUUGAGAAAUUUCAUAGUGAUUCAGAUAGUGGCCAAAUAAUGGUCAGUAAUAGCAGGCCUCGAGGUUUACAACUCAAUGGAAAUUAUCAAAAUGUGAACUUAAAGGAAACUGUGAAAUUGACGGAAAGGAGAUCUAAUUUUCUGAGAACAAAUGAUGUGGAAAUGAAAGUUGAAGUAAAGCAUUUUCCUAACCGCAAAAAUACAGAUCAUGUUACCAAUGGAAGGGACGAAAGUGAAGAAUAUGAUUAUGAAGAGGACAUUGAAAAGGUUGUGAUAGAGGAAACGGAGGAAGAAGAAGAUGAGGAUGAUGAUUAUGAUGAUGGAUUAAAAGAUGAAAAAGUAGAAACAAAUGAAUUCAAAGUUAAGAGUCAACUUCGUAAAUCCAAAGGCAAAUUCAGUGGAUUUAUCAAACCGCCUUUACAUUAUAAGGUAGUACCAGAUAAAAACAGCCUUGUACUUAAACGUCAAGGUAAUUCAAAGGACAGCGUACAACAUGAGCUGACAAUAACAGACAUUAUCGAGGAUGGAAUAUACUGGUCUCCGACUGUGGAGAAUCUAGUUCCAAAAGGUCACACAUUCCAAGAGACACUAGACUAUAUAUCGUCAGUGCGGGAUCAGAGAGUACAGUACCUUGACCCUCCGGCCUGGGACAAAUGUGGGCGCCCUAAGAACAGCUUUGUUACCCUGGAGGAUGGGAGGCACAUGUGUGCCAGGUACCGAGAGCCUCACAACAAAAUGGUGCUUGGUGAGGUGCUGUCAUUCUACCUUUCUCGACUCCUGGGACUGGAUAGCGUGCCUGCAGUUGUCCUGUCCAUCACAAACCAGACCUCUCCUAGAUGGCUCACCACCAACUACAGCAAGGUCGACUGGAAAGACGGCAAGGUUGUCGCUCUUAUCCAAUGGAUACCUAACAUGGAAAGCUCACGCUCUCUAGUCAAAAUACCUCAGUUUAUUCUGGAAAAAUAUGAGCAGAAAUCUGUGAUAAACCAGGCAUCAAUAAAGAAUUCCAACCUCACCACAACUCAACUGUCCCAACUAUUCCAGUGGGGAGGCAUGAUCUUGUUUGACUACCUCACUGGCAACUAUGACAGGGUUGCCAGCAUGCAAGAUGCAGCUUACAAGGAAAAGAAGCCAAGCAUUAUAUCAGAGAAUAUACGUAACCUAAGAAAAUCUAUAAAAACUUCCAAACUUUGGUUGAUAGACAAUGAAAGUGGUCUUCUAGAUGCCUAUGAUCUGAUGUAUCACAAUGGCAACGGUUAUGGUGGUGAAAAAUUUCUCAAAUUCCAUCGUGACAUGCUGCAGACUUUUUGUAUAUUUCCAAGGACAAUUGUGGAAUCACUAGUCAGACUAAAUAUGAUGCUACAACCAGAGCAAGUACUUCUGGAGUUCGCUAGAAAACAUGAACCUUUACUUGAUGUGUUUCCAAAAGAUUCCAUUUUCAAACUUUUCCAGACGAGAUUUAAAGAGAGAGUAUCGGAAGUGUCUGAUUGGGUUAAAACUUGUAAUUCUAAUGUGAGUAAUGAGCUGAGAUGACAACUCGUUACUAAUUAUUAAAGUUCUAUUCAACCAGAAUCAAUUGUACCAAGAAUUGCUGGCAUUACACAGAAAGGAUACAUACAAUGGAGAACAUAUUAUACUAUCAAAAGUACUUACACGAUAUGUCUUCAGAUUUAAAACAAUACACCUGAUAAGAUACAAGAGGUAAAGCCAACACCGUGACUUGUAAUUGGGCGGAUCCAUUACUCUCCGACUGCAUACCUGAAGAUACGCAAGGUGUUUGUGUCGUAGUGUAGAUCAAAAGAAGGUAAACAACCACAGGUUCCAAGUAUAUUUCUUCAAUUCUAUUUGAUACUCAUCAACAUGUUUUGCUCUUCCCAUGCUUCAUCAGGACCUCGUCAUCAGAACCUGGUCUUAAUGAAUCCCAAGAAGGAUGAAACAAGCCGACGAGAAUCUGAUAAAAUUGAAGAAACAUACUCGAAACCUGUUAUUGUUGUUUAACUUGUAUUAAUAUUCCCAAUACAUACAUGAAAAAAACUUUGUAAAUCAAAUUUUAUGCUGAAGUGAUAGCUCAAUACACCGGAGUCUUAAAUUACACCCUUGACUACAUGAAUUGAAAUUGGUGUUCCAACUUUUUUUAUGUAAAAUGUUGAAAAUAACGUCUCAUCUUCAUAAAUUCAAUGUCAUCCUUAUCGACAUACCAUCUUUAGUUCUGAUAUGAUAAGGUAACUCAAUCUUUUUAAAAAAAAGUGUAAAGCUGUUGAUGCUUUGUACAACUGGUCCUGGUUGCAUUAUUGAAACUGUGAUAUUUUUUUUCAAACUAUCAAUUAAUUAUGUUCUAUACUGCAUUGCAACGAAAAUAAACUUUAAAAGGCUUUCAGUAAAGAAAAUUGAUGCCAAUAGAUUCUAUUUUGUGUGAACCAAGUUUUAACACAUACUUGUUGCUUAUUAUGAUUACUACAAAAUCUGCACUUGAGAUGAUUUUUUUUUUGUCUUGACUUUGUUAGCUAUAUGCCCUAAAGUAUGAAGAUGCUCUUUGGAAAACAUCCAAGUUAUCUACCUAAAUUGGAGAACAAUCUGAAGAUUCAAAACCCCAAAACAAGAAAUUCUAUCAAAAUUAGGUUUGAACAAUUUCCUUUAAACAAGACAAUGACCCCUGAAUAGAAUAAAUCACAAAUGGGCACCAUUAAUGUGGGAUGAUAUUGUAAAAUGUAAGAAAUCCAUAAACCUAAGAAAUAUACCACAUUUGACCUGUUAGCUAAUGCUUAUUAUUAGAGGUUUUUAUUGAAUCUAUAGCAAAAUAGUAUAAAUACAUUCAUCAAGUUCCAGAAAAAGAUUUUAAAGAAUAUAACAUAACACAAAAACUCUCAAUCAAGUGGAGGAAACUCUUCUGUAAUUGAUGAUAAUUGGAAGUUAUUGAGGAACAAGGGAGAUAACUCAGCUAAUAGUGUAGAUAUGUCUUUGUACUGUGCUAGUCAAAUCAUAUAUUUUCACAAGGAAUGUGCUUUCAGUUCCAAACUAGAAUUUCAAAAAGCAUCUUUAAGAUAAGUGUUACUCUUUAAAAAGCUUCAUAUAUGUUCUUUACACCAACAUAGUCAAACACUUUAUUUCUAAUUGUUGGAGAUGUCAUGCAGCAAAUAGUUGUUCAUAAUCAUUUGCUGUAAACAUAGUGUGUCUAAUGUUAAUAAAAAAUACAGAACUGUUUUCUUGGGGCCAUUCUGUGCAUUUCAGUGAAUACUUCUUUUUAACAACUGGUUUGGUGUUUAAAAUUCACUGCACUAAGUGCAAAUAUUACUUUUCAUUCGCUCAGCUGAUUCAAAAAUGAGGAAUUCAAAAAUUUUAAAGCUUCUUAUCCGCAUUCAAAUUAUCUAACUGAAAAUUCUACAGGAAAAGAUAUAAAUGAAUGUUGAAGAAAACUUUUCAACUGGUCUUGUCAAUAUUUUCAGCACAAUUUAUUUGACAGUUUUAUUUGUAACUAUUGAACACGUUCAUAAUAUGAAGAAAUCCAGCUUGUUUGAUAUUGUAUUACGUGAUCACUUCAACCCAACCAUUUUAAAGAUGACAUUAAUCAGAAUAUAAGAAAUCCAAAUCAUUAUGAUAUCAAUUACGUAAUGUAUAGGUCAUUUUCACCAUGUGACAUAUUUUUCAUUAGAAAAAUUCUUACUGAAAGAAAUCCAAACAGAAUCUAUUGUGAUAUUCACUUAUUUCUCAUUUUAAUUUUCUGAACUUCCCAUUCAGUGUAGUAAAGGACAAAAAAGAAAUAAUUGUGUUCACAUCUGAAAAUGUACCAUGCCGCAAAAUACUGAAACCUGAGACAAUGAAGAUUAGUGAAAUCCAUUGUACAUAGGUACUAUUUAUCUAUAUACAGGACAAGUAUUUGGUUUAUAUCUAAAUAUCACAGGAACAUUCAUGAUACAUUUUUAUCAAUUUUAUCUUAAUUGAAAAGUACUAGUUUGUUUUCUUCUUUGAAGAAGAUAGACUAGAUCUGGGACAUAUAACAGAAUUCAUCAUACACAUCCCUGCCCAGAUCAAGAGUGUGACUAUGAAAAGUGUAAUAAUUUUUUUUUCAAAAUAUCAUAUUUGUCCAAUGUAACAAACUGAUGAUUAUUUUUCAAAUUUAUUUUUGUUUUCAAUAAUAGCACAUUAAAAAGUUUCGUUUUUUAAAAUAAAGACUUCAGAGAAAGAUUUAAUGAAUUACCUAACUAAACCAUUUCACAUACAUACAGUAUAAAUCUAUAAAUCUAAAAAAACAACCUGCAUUUGUCUACUGUAACAUUUUUGUUUUAACAAUUUUACUACAGUAAUGUUUUAUGUCAUAUAAAUUAUUUGUAUAUGUUGAAUGAAAUUGUUGAGAUUUUAAAAAAAUAUUGAAGAAUAAAAUUCUUUUGUGAAAA